UAAUAAAGGCUAAUUUAGCUUCAAAAAGUCUAACUGCUGGCUUACGAUGCCUGGAUGUUACAUUUAUGUCUGCCUGUUUCUAUUUGCUGUAUUUGCAAAAGAAAUUCGUGAAGUGAAGACGGGCUUAUAUAGUCGCGUUGAACUCACUGGAAUGUCACUUCAUCAGAAAGAGACUCAAUCAGUUUCAUGGACCAAACUAAAUAAAAGACAAGUAUGUAUUACUUAUGAAAACAAUGGUACCAAUGGCACCAAAUGCUACAGUGAUUGCUGUAGAGAGGCUCGUUUCUAUUUUAACAAUAACACCCUCAUUCUGGAGAACGUGACAGCACAGGAUGAAGGAGUCUUCAUGGAAACUAUAGUUAGAAGAAACGGAACUGCAAAAUCCCAAAACUUUACAUUAAUUAUUCAAUACCCACCAAAUGCAACAGAAAUUGUGGUCUCACAGACCUCCAGCACAUCUGUGACUCUCAAGUGUGAAGUGAGCGGGUCAUUUCUGCAGCUGAUGUGGAAGAGAGAAAGAGUCCCCAUUCUAGAGAAACACAGACACUCAUUCAGUGAGAGGAACCAAACCCUACACAUCAGCAACAUAACCAGCUCAGAUUACGGGAUGUACAGCUGUAUUGUUUCAAACGCAUAUGGAGAAUCAGAACAGCACAUAAAUAUUACCGGUGAGAACUCACCUGUUAACCAAGGAAAUGGUUCUAGUGGUAAAAUUCAGUCUGGUCAGAUUCUGCUUUCAAGUGGAUUUACACUCAUGGGUGUUUUGGGAUUGUGGAUCAUGUUCUACGGCCUUUACAAAUACCAUCACAGGGAUGCAGAUAAUGUCCUUGGAAUUUAUCAGGAAGUACCUGAGACUGCAGAAGUGACCCCUUUGCCGUACGUCUACACAGACUUCAUUAAGCCGAAAGAGCCCAACCAGGCCUCUGCUGCAGCGCUACACUUUGAGGGCUUUGGUUACUCUGAGGUUGGACCCACAUGCAGUGCGGACACAGUUGUUCAGUAUUGUGAUGAAGAACAGACCACAGCGUGUCCUGAGGCUGGAGAUGAAUGACACAUCUAAUAUAAGAGACUACAAACCAUGUUGGAGUUUAAACAGCAAAUACUAACACACUUUCAUAUUCAUGAAUCUGUUGCUGCGCAAAUUACAAGAGCAACAAUGUCAGGCCGUCUAGAGUCAGACGAGCAAAAAAUACAUGUUUACAUCCUGAA